AUGGAAAACCUCGCUCGUGUGGCGGGGGUUGAGAACCGAGCGUUGGAGGCGUACCUGAAGGCGGUGAGCGGGUCACUGACAUGCCAUGUAUGCCACGAUAUCAUGUGCGAGCCGUACAUGCUGCAAUGCGGACACGCGUUUUGCGGGGUUUGCCUGGAGCACUGGUUCCGCACCGUCAAGUCGAAAUCGAGCGCCCUUUCGUGUCCGGUGUGCCGUACAAGCGCGUCCACGAAGCCUGUGCUCAGUCUAGCGCUAAGAGACAUUUACAACGCGAUGAUCCAGCUGCUGCGAUCGCACGAUGCCGCUGCCGCCGCUGAGGUCGAGAAGGAGGCCCUGACGCGGGUGUGCGGCCAGCCUGAUCCGUUUGGAAGUGUGCGGUUUACACGCUCAAUUAUUGAUCCCAUUGACGGUGUUGAACGCUGUGCUCACUGCCAAUGGGAAAUGGAAGACGGGAUAUGCCCGAAUUGUGCGAGCGACGACGAUUUCACAGAUGCCAGCAUGAUAUCCUCAGACGACCAAGACAUCGACAUGGAUGUUGAAGACGAGAACGAGUAUGAGGCCGAUUUCAUCGACGAUGUCUAUCACGGCCCGUAUUCUUCGGGCAGGGGCGAGGCAGAGUACGUCGGGGCAGACGAGUCUGAGGAAUCGGGCAGUGAGAGCUCAGAAGAGUCGGAUAUGAGUGACGAGGACGAGCUGGACCGGCUAGAGCGGCGGGCCGAGCAACAGCGGAGACCGACUGUGCACAGGGUAGUUGCAAUUGACGACGACGACGACGACAUAGAGAUUCUGGGAUCGAGAAACGUGCAAAGACCAGAGCUCGUGCGCCGUGUUAUUGAAAUAUCCGACAGCGAAUAG